AUGGCGUUGCACCUCGCCCUUGUGUUCCACUGGCGGCAUCACCAGACGAACCGGCGAGAGGAGUACUUGCUGGUGGACAUCAGCACCGGCAAGCUGAUGUUCAGGAGACGCACAAAGGGUGGGCGCUUGGCAUGGUCUCCUGCGCAUGGCUCGUAUCGAAUUCAACAGUUUGAGGAAGACAAUGCCAAUGGCAAUCGUGUCAGUCUGUUCCUACAAGGCUUCCACUGCACGGGAUACCGCCCGUACUGGCGAGAUCACAUGUUCAUUGGAAAUGGCCAAAGCUUAACAGACACAAUUGGCCGUCGAACUCUGACGUUGAAGGGCAUGUUCGAGAUCAACAUGGCAACGAGCCUGGAGGAUGAGAAUGAGUGGGUCCUGGUCAGAGAGAUGGACUGGGUCAUGGUCAUGGACGAGAACAUCCCGCGGCUGCCAGAUGCAGAAGCACCUGGCCAUCUUGCCCAUGGGACGAUCCCUGAGACCUUGGACCCGCCCCCAGGAGCUGUUCUCCCAGGAGAAAAUGGCAGAGACGGAGGAGCUGUUCUCCCAGGAGAAAUCGGCGGAGCUGGAGGAGCUGGAGGGUCGUCUGCUCUCAAUUGGCUGGAGGAGCAAGGAGGAGCUGUUCUCCCAGGAGCUGGAGGGUCGUCGGCUCUCAAUUGGCUGGAGGAGUACUAG